GUAAUAGGCCUGUUGAGAUCACCACAAGGUAAAUGGAUGGUCAGUGAACAGUGUUGAUCAGUUACUUGACAAAAACAGACCAGCCAACGCAGUUGGCACGUGCGAAAUAUUCGUUACGCCGGUCGACUCGAGAAUAGACUUUCUUCCUCUCCCUGGCGACAUUUACCGGGCUACGAAACACUCUUAUUCCGGAUAUCAGUUUUCAACUGGAUCGUUGUUAAGUCUUCGUCUCUUCCUGCCACGUGAUCAGGCUAAGAAAAGUGAGAUAUAUCGUGAUAAAGAAACAUAUACAGUGGGUAAAUACAGUGUAGAAAAUGAAGAUUGUUGUACUCUUACUCACUCUCGUCGCAGUGGCAAAGUGUCACGAACCAUUCCGGGUAGUCUUUCAAUGGAACACGAUCGACGUAAUGUGGCCAUCGGAAGAGAAUAAAGAGUAUGCAAUCAGCCACGGUGAUUACGUUCCAGCCAAUAAUUUCAUAGCCGGUAUUAAAUUUUGGAAGGGUAAAAUGUACUUGACAAUACCAAGAUGGAAAGAUGGAGUACCUGUAACUCUUGGAGUCACUUCUGCUAAACCGGUGAAUUAUAUUACUGCUCCUAAACUGGAAGCUUUCCCCAAUUGGGAGAUGCAGAAAAUUGGAGACUGUAGUGCAUUUCAGAUGGUCCAAAGUAUGGAGAUCGAUCCCAUAGGACGUAUGUGGGUACUAGAUUCUGGCAAGAUGUCACCUCUUUCUUUAGAAGUAAAGACCACUUGUCCACCGAGAUUAGUAAUCCUAGAUCUCGAGAAAAAUGGCGAAGUUCUACGAAUUUAUGAAUUCCCUACGAACGUAGCUCAUCAUGGUACAGCUCAUUUAAAUGAUAUUGUCUUGGAUCACGAGGAUGGUGGUAUGGCAUACAUUACCGACAGUGAUCGCAACGAUCCUGGUAUAAUUGUUUACUCUUUGAGAAACAACACUUCGUGGAAAGUUAGACACGAUUCUAUGAAAGCUAAACACGAAGCAGUUAAAUUCAUGAUUUCCAAAACUCCCAUAAAUAUACCUGUACCUAUCGAUGGAAUUGCUUUGUCUCCUGCAAGUAGUAAUGACAGACAAAUAUAUUACUCACCAUUAUCCUCCUUCUAUCUUUAUUCUAUACCAACUUCAGUGCUGAAGAACAAUGAAAGCAAUGUGGAUAGUUACGUUAAAGAACUAGGAAGAAAAAAUUCUCAAACUGAUGGAAUGAUGAUGUCAGCCAAAGGAGUGUUAUACUUUGGACUGUUGGCUGAUGAUGCUGUAGCUAUGUGGGAUACCAAACAAUCCAUCUCGUUCACUACUGGGCAGAGGGUGAUCUCGAGAGAUCAUGAAAGGAUGCAAUGGCCAGAUACAUUUGCGUUCGACGAGGAUGGUAACUUUUAUUGCGUUACCAAUUCUUUGCAAAAUAUAUUGGAGAAUCGAGUCAACGUUAGCAUACCAAACUAUCGAGUAGUCAGAUCACAAACUGGAGUUAAAAGUUACCAAUAUUUGGAGAACGGAACCGCGCCGGAACAGCCGGAGAUUCCCACUUCAGCUGCAAACAGGAUUAGUCUCGCCGUUACUACCGGAUUAACCAUUCUGUUGGCUUUCGUCGUGCAGUAAUUUUUCUUUCUCUCUUGUUCCCCUGUUCUCUUUUCUUCAGAUAUGCUCGGAUAUAUUAAAGACAUUUUAUCUUUUUCGAAAUACAAAAUUACAGAUAAUACGUACGAUGAACCGUCCAGAAUUUUUGGUGGCCUUGAAUAUUUAGAGUACUGAUUUUUGUAGAUCUGUGUUGUUCAAACAAAGAUAAAGAAUCCUGCCAAUCGAAGAGUAAUUCGAUCAAAGAAGUAAAAUAAUAAUAUAAUAAAUUUCUCGAGAAUCAAAAUGAUCAAAAGCAUCUUUCUUCAAUGUCAUUUUCACAAUCGCAAUUGCUGUGUUCAAGAUUUUCAUCGAAAUGGACCGAGAGCAAAAUUGAUCUCCUGCAGUUCAUCGGUACUAUUACGAAUAAGUAUUUCUACAUCGUCUUUAUUACGAACAAUGGCUUAAUAUUCUUACUUUUAUACAUUAUAUAAUAACAUUAUUGAUGAUAAAAAAGAAAAGAAAAAAAUAUUUUCUUAGAUUUUUUAAAAUCAAAUAAAGUUUUACAAUAAUGUUUCUUAUACAGAAAAAAGAAAAUAUUAGUAAGAGAAGUCAUACUUCGGAAUGAAAAUAUUUUUAUUGUAAAUAUAUUAUAUAUUGAUAAUUUCAUAAAUAUUUAUUUUUUGUUCGCGUUUAAUCAAGUCACUUAGUUGAAUUGCUGAACGUUAAGUCAUAUCGUAAUAAUCGGGUAAAAAAAUUAUAUUUUUAUACAGAUUAAAUUUUCGCUGUAAUGCCAUCGCAUUCGUAUUUAAUUGACCUCAAAUUAACAUCGUCAAUGAAGAAUAUUAAACCUAUCAAUCAAAUUAAAACACUUCCAGUCUGAUUGCACGACUUAAAAGAGAAAUUAAAUAAAAAUUCACGUUGUGCUUCUAGGAUACAUAUAUGAGAUUGAAAGAAAGAUAUUUAUUAAGAACGCGAUGAAAAUUAUUAUCGAUGAAAAUUCUGCUUAUUGGAAGUUUUUCAAAAUGGUUUGGAAAAAAAAAACGAAAUAUUAACGAGCAUAAAUUUUAUGGAAUCAAAGUUCGACAAGAUAGAAACGACAACUCGGGAACAAAUUGAAGGCAACGAUAAUGAAUGACAUUGAUUUUAUUACCUGGAGAAAUUGAUCCUCUGUAACGCGAUACCGGCAACAUUCCAUUCCUUGACUUUUCAUUUGUCUUAAAGCCAUUGUGAUUUUUAAUACGGCACGCGUUACUUAUAAAUUCCUAUUCAAACAAUGGAGAAUAGUUUCUAAUUUUUGAAAUAAACAGUUAAUAUUGCUUGAAGUAAUCAGAAUAUACAUAUAAACUUAUUGUUAAGGAGAGAAAUUUUAAUUAUUUUAAUCCUUUAAUUACUUCAGCCAAUAUGAGAAUACAAGCUUUAGCAUAUUAUUUUAUCGUGUCAUAUAUUAGAUGAUACAUAUGGAUUCCAGAGGAUUCAUUUCUGAGGAAAUAGUCAUUUAUUAUCACUCCAUAAGUUUAAGAUAAGAUAAUAAUUAUUAUUAAUUAUAUAUAUAUAUAUAUUUGUUAUUUAAUGACAUAAUCAUUCUAUUUGGAACAAAAAUUACGUACGAUAAAUCUUGUAUGGUCUUACGUGAAUGCAAAAUAUGUAUCUAUCGUUUUGUUCGUUCCUUUUUUUUUAGUUAACUGAAUAAGGGAAAAAAAAGAAGGACAAAGAAUAAUGAAUUUAUAGUACCUUAGUCUCGAACUAUGAAUACGUAUAUAUUAUAUGUAUAUAAUAUAUAUAUAUCUUAUAUACAUACACAUAUAUACAUAUAUAUAUAUGUUUGAUGUAUAAUCAGUGUGUACAUUACACAUGUAACACGUACGAGUAGCUUUAAUACAUAUGGCCUUAUUUGCGACGAUGAAUUGAAGCUGUAUACUACGAUGAAAAACAAUCAUUUGUCUGUAAUCAUUGGUAAACGCAAUUUUCCAUCAUUUAUUGCUUGCAAUUAUUAAUGCUUUUCAUAUCUUCGGUCUUAAGAUCUUUGGAAAUUCACGUCGAUUUUUUGUAUAGAAGUAUCGUGCAUAUCGUUAUCAUAAUAUAAGUCAAAACAUUAAAAAAAUAGAUUGUCGAAUCGUGUAAAUACUACUGUACUGGUCACGAAUUUCGAACCAUCAUCUUCAUUGUUAUAUUUUAAAUAUAAAACUAAAAAUAUAAAAAAUAUGAACAAUGUA